AUGAAGAAUACAGCGGUGAUGAGUGCAUAUAUGGCUAUAGUAGCAUCUGCCUUUGGUCUGAUCUCGGAUGGUUAUCACAAUAAUCUCAUGACAAUGACCAACGUUGUUUUCAAGAAAUUGUACCCUACGGAGUACACCGCUGCCAUCUCUACGCGUGUAUCAAACGCCCUACUAGUUGGCGAGAUCAUCGGGCAGAUAUUUGUUGGGAUACUAUGUGAUAGAAUAGGACGCAAAGCUGGCCUAGUGGUGACCACUUCUCUCAUUGUAAUUGGCGCCACAUUGUGCACCGCUGCGCAUGGUGCACGAGGGAAUCCGUACGGUCUAUUCUGGUUUAUGACAAUAGCACGGGGGAUUACAGGUGUGGGCAAUGGCGGCGAGUAUCCUGCAUCAUCCACGAGUGCGAGCGAAGCCGUGAAUGAGAAGAUGGGCACAAAGAGGGGACCAUUGUUCAUUAUGAUUACAGACUUGCCUCUCGUCUUUGGUGGACCGUUCGUGAUUUCUGUGUUCCUCAUCGUCCUGUCUGCUGCAGGCGAUGCCCAUCUAAACACUGUUUGGCGAAUAUGUUUUGGCGUCGGCAUCCUUCUGCCACUCACAGUAUAUUACUUCCGCAUGCGUAUGCUGAGCUCUAAACUGUUCCGCGAAGGAGCCAUCAAACGAAGGGUGCCAUAUUGGCUUGCAUUGAAGAGAUACUGGAGAUCACUGGUUGGUACAGGCGGAGCUUGGAUGGUCUACGACUUCGUCUUCUACCCUAAUGGAAUCUUCUCGGCCACGAUCAUCUCGAGCGUCAUCAAGGACGGUAGCGUCAAGGCUACGGCGGAGUGGCAGCUCUUGCUUAGUGCCAUCGCGCUCCCAGGCGUGUUUGUCGGCGCACUUCUAUGCGAUCCGCUGGGUAGAAGGAACACAAUGAUGCUGGGCUUCUGCGGCUAUGUUAUCUUUGGCCUCAUCAUCGGAUGCGGCUAUGAGAGGGUGACCAAGAUCAUUCCUCUCUUCGUCAUUUUCUAUGGGCUUAUGACAUCCAUGAGCAACAUGGGUCCUGGAAACAUGACCUUACUCACUAGUGCCGAGUCGUACCCUACACCGAUUAGAGGGACAUGCUUCGGCAUUUCUGCUGCUCUCGGCAAGACUGGGGCAGCAAUCGGCGUAGCAGCAUUCGGACCCAUCCAGACCAACCUCGGUCAAAAGUGGACAUUCAUCGUUGCUGCCAUAUUCGGCGCACUGGGAAUCAUCAUCACAUACUUGUUUGUGCCGGACAUGACGGGUGUGGAUUUGGCGGACGAAGACGCCAAGUUCAUGCAAUACCUCGCUGAUAAUGGAUGGGCUGGGGCCGUAGGCGAAGACGACGACAUGAAGCAUAUCAUCGCUAGGACAGAAGAUUAUGCGCCAAGAGGUGUAAUAGCUAGCACUCGUGAUAAAUCCCCAAACCGAGACAGGGCCUAG